AUGACGAUGACGAACUUCAGUCCGUCUGAGUUCAACGUGCUGUGGGCGGACAUACGUCUGUACGUCAACAAGUCGUGGAACGUUAGGUCCGGCCGGAAGUGCGAGGUCUCGAAUCGAGACAUGCUCUUCAUGCUGCUGACAACCAUGAAAACCGGCGGUUCGUGGGACAUCGUGGCAACCAUCUUCAAGGAAGCAAGCCCGACAUUCCAGAAGCGGGUGAUGAACUUUGUCAAAGUGCUCCAUCCUUUUGUCAUGCAUAAGUAA